AUGCCAACCACUGGUGUUCUAAAGAAAAACAAGUGUCAAUCGAUACAAAAAAACGUAUCUUUCCACCAAUUCCCUUCAAAUAGAGACUUUCGGAAGAAAUGGAUCGUGGCUGUUAAGCGAGAUGAAGGCCCGUCUUUCAAGACUUUUGCUAAAGACGGCAAAACAGAUCAACCAGAGAGCCAUUCAACAGUAAGUUAUUCCGUGGCAGAAGAAAGCGUUUUAUUUCCAAACGAUGGACUAAAUAAAACCAUGCUGACUUCUUCGUCCAUUUGCGAGAUUCAAAAGAGAUUUAGUAACAAUCCAAAUUCUCCUCUCACUUGUGAACAUAUUGAAGACAUCUUAUGGAUUGAUGGUGAUGACAACUGCUCAGAUUCGGAUCCUGGAGAAAAUAAGGUCAACAGUGGACAACUCACAGAAACUGAAGAGUCCGCUUUUGCUGUAGACUUAUCAAAAACCAGUUCUUGCUUCGCUGAGAGAAAAGUCGUUUUUCCACAAGAGUCGCUGUCACAAAAUGAUUUUACUGAUGUUAAAAGCUGCACUUUACAUCAACCUGAAAAUCUACAAGCUUUAGAUAACAUCGAACUGGCUAAGCUCCAGUUAAGCCACUGUGAUAGAGGUAAGCCUCCUAUUCGGGAUUUCUUAGAGGAAUCACACGAGUCAGAUAAACUCUCUUCCGAAAUACCAGAUCCAAAUCCACAAAGGGAAACAACUGACAUUGUUUGUUUACAAAAUUCGAUCGAAAGCUCAGAGAGGAUGUGUGAUAAUGGUUAUCGGAACGUCACUGAUGAUUAUAUGAAACAUGUACCAGUAGAUUUUAUUCGUGCUAAACCCAGUUUUCCAGAUGGACAACUCACCCUUUCACAGAAUCAGGGGCAAAAUGACGUCAAGGACGACGUAGUGAAAAUUAUGCCACAGAAGCCAAAGCAUGAUGAGAACAAUUAUUUUCAGAAUAUCUUUUGUAAAAACAAUGCAGAAAGAGUGGUUAGUGUUAAACAUUGCACUGGUACGAAAGGGAAGAUUAAGCGAAGGGAAGCAUUACGCAGCUCAGUCGACUACUCUCUAAGACCAAUUAGGAUUCCAACUCCAAGCAAAGUGGCUGCACUAACUGAGUCAACUCUUGGCGCCCUCUAUCACCCUUUCUACUUUGUAAGGACUCAGCUCGUGAGACAGGCGCGUGACAUACUUCUGUGCCGGUUUUUCGGGGACUUCACGAAAUUUUGUGAAGAGUUUUUACUUCCAGCCGGAUCACUACUACAAAGAAUCCAGUUCAAGUGUCAAGAAACGCUAAAGCUCCAGAAUUUGAAGUAUCCGCAUUACGGUUCAGACACGACAUCUGUCACCGAUUCGUGUCCUUUCUAUGGCGAGCAGUCUUGGAAGGCUUGGCCGCUGUGUUUCCAGCAACGGGUGGUCGUUCAGUUAAGUGAAAUAGACAGGGCGUUUCUGAGGAUUGGAGAUCAUUACUUCUGUCUUCGUAGCGAGAAGACCCGUGAGCUAGUAGGGGAUCGACACUGUUCCCUCCUCCUCACCUGUGUGUACAGGGAUUAUGAUGGCAUUAAAGAACGAGUAAUCAACGAGAAAUGCUUCGAUAAACUUUUGACGAUGGACUGGAUAAAAGAUCCUGGAACGUCGAAUCCGGCAGUAGGUGUACUCUCGAAUCCUGAGUCGGAUGAAUAUCUCCCUACCCUUCUGCAGCACCUCCUGGUGACCGUUGAGAGAGGUAUAGAACGAAUUGGAUGUGAAAGUUUACGUAACCCUGGAAUUUAUAAACACGUGUGUUCAGAUCCCUCAACCCGCCUUAACAACUCUGGAGUGGACACAAAAGACAUUUCUGUCCAAACUAGACUUUUAAACGCUACAGUGGACGAUACUCCUGAGAACUUCUAUAAUAUUGAAUCUCAUCCCUCCAUGUCUCUAGAUGUUCAAGGAAAUUGUUUAAUAAAUUAUCCAACUGUUGACUGUAUUGCAGAUCUUUCGACACAUUUUGACAGUCAGAAAAGCUCUUCCGAGUUUCCUCAAAAUUUUCAAAAUCAAGAAUGCUGUCCUUUAGGUUUUUCCCAUAAUGUUGAAAAAGAAGAGUGUUCUCAACAUUCUCCUUGCAAUACGGAGAACAGAGGAAAUUACGUGGAGAUUUCAGAGCCUAAUGAUGAUAACUGUUCAGCUCAUCCUGAGACAGCGUUGUCUGGUGAAACAGUCAAAGAAUCGUUGUCCAUGGAGAAACUAACAUCAGCUUCAGAUGGCCUCUCUCUGAUUACAACUGAGUUGUCACCAGGAGGAGAAACAACUGAACAAACCCAACCUGGCGUUUGUAAAGAAACCCUCAACAACACGUUGUCCAAACCCCGUUGCAUCAGCCAGGUGGAUCCUGAUUUGUUACAUACUGAAAUAGCUUGUGUACCGGGUGAGUGGGUGAAUCUAAUGUAA